GAGCUGAGGCAGUCACAGAAAGAGAGAGGGAGAGUGUAUUGUGCACGUUGAACUGUUAGGAGUAUGUACAAACAUACAUACAUACAUACAUACACACAUACAGUAAUGUAGUUAGGCGAGCUCUGUCUGAACGGUUGGACCCAGUUCUAGGAUUCCCUCUAUUCCUCCAUUCAUUCAGGCAUCCAUUCUUUCUCCGUGCCUCGAUUUCCUACUAUUGUCGAGUGUGCCUAUGAUCAAUAGUCCCCGGCCGGCCAACUCCAUCAUCCGAUUGUCCAGCCCGGAAUCCAUCCCUCUGGCCAGCCACGUGGCAGGUUGAAGCCCCAGCGGGCAACAUGUCGGCCAGCCCCAACAUCCCGUCCCAAGUCUUGGAGGCCUUCAAGGCCACGCAGGGCAAGACCAUCACGUGCCAGGCGGCCGUAGCCUGGGCGGCCAAUCAGCCUUUGGACAUCACGGACAUCCAAGUAGCGCCGCCCAAAGCCGGCGAGGUGCGGGUCAAAGUCAUCGCCAAUGCCUUGUGUCACACCGACAUCUACACCUUGGAGGGCCAUGACCCCGAGGGCCUCUUUCCCAGCGUCUUGGGCCACGAAGCCUCGGCCCUGGUCGAAUCCGUGGGCCCGGGCGUCACGUCGGUCCAGGUGGGUGAUGUGGUCAUUCCCUGCUACACGCCCGAGUGUCGAGCCCACGAUUGCAUCUUUUGUCAAAGCCCCAAAACCAAUUUGUGCCCCACCAUACGGAGCACGCAGGGCCAAGGCCUCAUGCCCGACGGCACCUCGCGCUUGUCCAAGGACGGCCAAGCCCUCUUUCACUUCAUGGGCUGCUCCACCUUUGCCGAAUAUGCCGUGAUUGCCGAGAUUUCGGCAGCCAAGAUUCAUCCAGGGGCUGAUCUCAAUCAAAUGUGUCUGCUCGGAUGUGGCGUGUCCACGGGUUGGGGAGCGGUCAUUAACACCAUGAAAAUGGAGCCCGGUAAAUCCGUGGCCGUGUUUGGUUUGGGUGCUUUGGGCCUGUCGGUCAUUCAGGCCUCUCGGCUGGUGGGCGCCCGUUACAUCGUGGGCGUUGAUGUGAAUGAAAAGAAAUUUGCCUCGGCCCAAGCCAUGGGGGCCAGCCUCUGCGUUAACCCGCAGACCUGUGACGGGGGCGACGUCAAGGCCCAGCUCUUACAAGCCGAGAAAUGGGGCUACGAUUAUACUUUCGAUUGCACGGGCCAUGUCGCUGUCAUGCGGAAUGCCCUCGAGGUGGCCCACCGCGGUUGGGGGCAAUCCUGCAUUAUUGGCGUGGCCGCUGCUGGCCAAGAGAUUUCCACCCGACCAUUCCAAUUGGUGACCGGGCGCUCGUGGCAGGGCACCGCCUUUGGCGGGUGGAAGAGCCGCACCGAGGUGCCCCAGCUCGUGCAGCGGGUCAUGCGAGGUGAGAUGACGCUGGAACCCUAUGUGACGCAUCAGAUUGAGGGCUUGAGCCGCGUUAACCAGGCCAUUGAGGCCUUGCAUUCCGGGAGCUGUUUGCGAGCCGUGGUCAAGAUCGCCAAGAGUGAAGUGCCUCUGGCGCCAUUGCCCUCGCUCAAGGGUAAUGUCAAGCUUGAGGGCGGCUAUUUGAAGCAAUUGACCCACUGGAGCCCGUCCACCCAAUGCGAUAUGACCUUUUCCAUUUUUGUGCCUCAACCCAAGACCCGCUUCACGGCCCCACCCCCGGUGCUCUAUUACUUGUCCGGUCUGACAUGCACCGACGAGAAUGCUCGUAGCAAGUCUCACUUCGCUCAAGCAGCCGCUCAAUACGGCCUGGCCGUGGUCUUCCCGGAUACCAGUCCCCGUGGCGUGACAUUGGCCGGUCAGGAUGAAAGCUAUGAUUUCGGGUCGGGUGCCGGCUUUUACCUCAAUGCCACGGCCGAUCCCUGGAGCAAGCACUACAAAAUGUACGAUUACAUCACGAAGGAGUUGCCCGAUCUGGUGAGCCAGCUCUUCCGAGUGGAUGCCACUCGCUCAGGCAUCAUGGGCCAUUCCAUGGGCGGACAUGGGGCUUUGGUGGCCCAUCUCAAGAACCCCGGCAAGUACCAGAGCGUGUCGGCCUUUGCUCCCAUCUGCCAUCCCAUGGAUUGCCCUUGGGGACACAAAGCUUUUAAGGGUUAUCUAGGCUCCAUUGAGGCCGGCUCUGCUUAUGAUGCUACCGUCCUGAUGAGCACCUUCACCGGGCCCAAGAUCCCAAUUCUGAUUGAUCAAGGCACAGCCGACAAUUUCCUCAAGGAUCAGCUGAAGCCGGAGAAACUUUCCGCGGCCGCCGCCAAGAUCAAUUAUCCUUUGGAGAUUCGUAUGCAAAAGGACUACGACCACUCGUAUUACUUUAUUAGUACCUUCUUGCGUGACCAUAUCGAGCAUCACGCUCGAGGAUUGGGGCUCAAUUCCUUUUAGUGAUGCAAUCCAACCAUCAUGAGCAGGAAAAGAACUCCCCAAACAGAAUACUGAAUACAGGCUUCCAAAUUUUGAACUGAACAGAUUUGUGACUCUGGGUUCAUCAUCCACUUGAAAUGUGAGAGCAAUACAUUUUAAAAUCCCAA